AUGCUCAGGAUGGGGCACCUGGGGCUGGCCGUCGUGGGCCUGGCCUGCUGCUGGGCGCUGGUCAGGGCUGCAAAGCUGGGCGCCGUGUACACAGAAGGAGGAUUCGUGGAGGGGGUCAACAAGAAGCUCAGCUUCUUGGGCAAUGACUCUGUGGACAUCUUCAAGGGCAUCCCCUUUGCCACCGCCAAGACCCUGGAGAACCCCCAGCGUCACCCCGGCUGGCAAGGGACCCUGAAGGCCACAGACUUCAAGGAGACAUGCCUCCAGAUCACUCUCAACCCAGACAGCACUUAUGGGGACGAAGACUGCCUCUACCUCAACAUCUGGGUCCCCCAGGGCAGCAAGCAAGUCUCCCAGGACUCGCCUGUCAUGGUCUGGAUCUACGGUGGCAGCUUCUACAUCGGGUCCAGCAACGAGGUUGACUUCUUCAACAACUACCUGUAUGUCGCCAAGAAGGUGGGCUGCCCCCAGGAUGACCCCACCAGGAUGGCCAAGUGCCUGAAGGUUGCCGACCCCCGGGCCCUGACCUUGGCCUACACAAUUCCCUGGGCAAAACGGGAAUACCCUGCGAUAUAUUAUCUGAACACUGGGCCUGUCGUCGAUGGAGACUUCAUUCCCGAUGAUCCGCUCAACCUGUUUGCCAACGCUGCUGACAUCGACUACCUCGCAGGCACCAAUGACAUGGAUGGCUACUUCCUCGCAGCUCUGGACAUGCCCAGCAUUCAGGAUUCCAACAAGAAUAUCACAGAUGAGGACUUCUACAAUCUGGUCACUGGGUUCACCAUGACCAAGGGCCUGGAUGGUGCCAGGGCCGCCUUUGACAUCUACACCGAGUCCUGGGCCCAGGACAGUUCUCAGGAGACCAAGAAGAAGACAGUGGUGGACCUGGAGACGGACAUCCUCUUCCUGAUGCCCACAGAGAAAGCCCUGGCCCAGCACAGAGCCAACGCCAGGAGAGCCAGGACCUACGCCUACCUCUUUUCUGUACCUUCUCGGAAUCCAGACUUCCCAACAUGGAUAGGGGCUGAUCACAUGGAAGAAAUUGCCUAUGUGUUUGGAAAGCCCUUCGCCAACCCCCUGGGCUACCGUGCCCAGGACAGGAAGGUGUCCAAGGCCAUGAUCGCCUACUGGACCAACUUUGCCAGGACUGGGGACCCCAACAAUGGCUUCUCGGCUGUGCCCACACACUGGUAUCCCUAUGCCACGGACGACUGCAGCUAUCUGGACAUCACUAAGAAGAUGGGUAGUGACUCCAUGAAGCGGCACCUGAGGACAAAGUUUUACCAGUUCUGGACCCGGACCUACGAGGCGCUGCCCACGGUGGCUAAUGCGCCCACCCCUGUUCCCCCUUUGGAUGACUCUGAGGACGCCUCAGUGUCCCCUUUGGCUGCCCCUGUGUCCCCUUUGUUGGACUCCGAGGCCACCCCUGUGUCCCCUUUGGAUGACUCCGAGGCUGCGCCUGUGUCUCCUCUGAACCACUCUGAAGCUGCCCCCACAUCCUCUGCAUAUGAAUCCCAGCUGGGCACCGUGUACACGGGAGGAUUCAUGGAGGGGGUCAACAAGAAGCUUAGCCUCUUGGGCAACGACUCUGUGGACAUCUUCAAGGGCAUCCCCUUUGCCACCGCCAAGACCCUGGAGAAUCCCCAGCGUCACCCUGGCUGGCAAGGGACCCUGAAGGCCACAGACUUCAAGGAGGCAUGCCUCCAGAUCACUCUCAACCCAGACAGCACUUAUGGGGACGAAGACUGCCUCUACCUCAACAUCUGGGUCCCCCAGGGCAGCAAGCAAGUCUCCCAGGACUCGCCUGUCAUGGUCUGGAUCUACGGUGGCAGCUUCUACAUCGGGUCCAGCAACGAGGUCGCCAAGAAGGUGGGCUGCCCCCAGGAUGACCCCACCAGGAUGGCCAAGUGCCUGAAGGUUGCCAACCCCUGGGCCCUGACCUUGGCCUACUUAUAUCCCUGGGAAAAACAGGAGUACUUCAUUCCCGAUGACCCGCUCAACCUGUUUGCCAACGCUGCUGACAUUGACUACCUCGCAGGCACCAAUGACAUGGAUGGCUGCUUCCUCGCAGCUCUGGACAUGCCCAGCAUUCAGGAUUCCAACAAGAAUAUCACAGAUGAGGACUUCUACAACCUGGUCGCUGGGUUCACCAUGACCAAGGGCCUGGAUGGUGCCAGGGCCGCCUUUGACAUCUACACCGAGUCCUGGGCCCAGGACAGUUCUCAGGAGACCAAGAAGAAGACAGUGGUGAACCUGGAGAUGGACAUCCUCUUCCUGAUGCCCACAGAGAAAGCCCUGGCCCAGCACAGAGCCAACGCCAGGAGAGCCAGGACCUACGCCUACCUCUUUUCCAUGCCCUCUCGGAUGCCCAUCUACCCCAAAUGGAUGGGUGCCGACCAUGCAGAUGACCUCCAGUACGUCUUUGGAAAGCCCUUCGCCACCCCCCUGGGCUACCGUGCCCAGGACAGGAAGGUGUCCAAGGCCAUGAUCGCCUACUGGACCAACUUUGCCAGGACUGGGGACCCCAACAAUGGUUUCUCGGCUGUGCCCACACACUGGUAUCCCUAUGCCACGGACGACUGCAGCUAUCUGGACAUCACUAAGAAGAUGGGUAGUGACUCCAUGAAGCAGCACUGGAGGACGAAGUUUUUCCAGUUCUGGACCGGGACCUACGAGGCGCUGCCCACGGUGGCUAAUGCGCCCACCCCUGUUCCCCCUUUGGAUGACUCCGAGGCUGCCCCCGUGCCCCCUGCAGAUGACUCCGAAGCUGCCCCUGUACUCCCUGCUGAUGACUCCCCAGCUCCUCAGAUGCCUGCAGCCAUUGGCUUCUAA